GGUUGCCCCUAUCUCUAUAUAAACCUACACGGCACAUGCCAAGGGAGCAAGCACACUGCAUACACAAGAACACAAACCCUUCUAGCCACGAUCACAAAGAAUUCCUUCAGUUUCCUUCCAACAUGGAGAAGCACACAAAGAACGCCCUGGUGUUUUUGUCGCUCCUUCUUCUUGGGUACUUCGCGGCUCAUGCGCAGGGCCAAGGCGUCGGCGAAGCAGGCGCUCCAGUUUCCGCUCGACCAGAAGAUGACGAUUCACGAGCACGAUGUGCCUAUGGAGAGCUUCGUCCAUGCAGGGAUCACAAGUGCUGGUGCUGCAUCAAUGGCCGCAGUGCGGGGAAAUGUUUUGCGACACAGUCUGAGUGCAGCCAGGCCUGUUUCUGAGUGCAGCCAGGCCUGCUAGCACAGUGUAAUAACAUUGGGCAACGCCAUCGAAUAAUAAGGGAGCCAUGAUCAUCUGGACAGUUUUUUCAGGAACGAUAUGAGCAAUUAUUAUCAGAACAAUAGUACCAUCACAGAUUGAAGGUGCAUGCAUAUCUGGGUAAACCACGUCCGCCGGAUCGCUUGCAAGGCCCAAGUGUGGUUGGAUCCAAUAAUAUGCAGGACGUUUUAGGAUUUAUUGGCUCAAAAGAAAUAUUUUUAGUUUUUUUGCGGGUAUAACAAAUAUUUCUAGAUUUGACCACUUAUUAUAAUUGGAUUUAUAAAAAGUCGUGUAGAUCCACACGAUGAUUAGAUUCAUCGUGUUAUUUUCGUAACUAUGACAGUACCUUAGAUUCAGAACACUUUCUUGCAACAGGGUGCAUUGGGUACUAUCUGUCGUACAAAGGAAGCAAGAACCGGAUGCUUCCCGAUGCUUGGCUGAAGAGCAGAUGGAUGGAACUACCAGCUGGUGAACUGAUGAAAAUUGAAGCCAA